AAUGCAGCAGCAGAGGAGGAGGAGGAGGCAGAGGGAGAGAAGGAGCCGAUACAAACACAGCUGGUGCCAUAGGGAGCCCCAAAUGCACGACAGGUUGCUGCUGAACUAGAGACCUCAGCGUACAAGGGUAACACUGGGCACAGGCCCCCCCCUCUGCUCCCACAAUCCUCUGCUGCUUCCCAGGUAGAGGGGGGCAGCCCCCCCUGACUGAGCAAGAAGCCAUGUCUCCCUAUGUCAAUCCCCCUCUCUCUUCUGCCCCUUAACCCUUUACCGCACCAGCAGGAAGGAGAUUGCUGCCCCUGGGGGGGGGGGGGGGUAAAGCAGCCCCUUGGCCAUGGGGUUCCUACACCAACUGCACCUCCUGCUAUGGAAGAACAUCACCCUGAAGCGCCGAAGCCCCUGGGUUCUGACGUUCGAAAUCUUUAUCCCUUUGGUGCUGUUCUUUAUCCUCCUUGGCCUGAGACAGAAGAAACCAACCAUCCCAGUGAAGGAAGCAUACUACACAGCUGCCCCACUGACCUCUGCUGGAAUAUUACCGGUCAUGCAGUCUCUGUGCCCAGAUGGACAGAGGGAUGAGUACGGGUUCCUGCAAUACACCAAUUCCACAGUGACGCAGCUGCUGGAGAGACUGACGGAAGUGGUGGGAGACAGUAACUUGUUUGACUCCAACCGACCCGGUUUGGGAGAGGAACUCGAAUCCCUCAAACAUCACUUGGAAUCACUGAGCAGCGACCCCAGCUCCUUCGAGAACCAUUUCCACAGCCAAUCAGGGUUUACAUUGGACUCAGUGGUGAAGGAUAAGGAGGCAUUUCGGGGUUUCCUGAGCCGCAAUCUCUCCCUUCCCAGCGACAUUGUUGAUUUGCUGGCCGGAUCCAACAUCAACCUGCAAGAGGUCUACCAUCUGUUUUUCAGUUCUCCGUAUCUGUCUCCCAAAGAGCCGCCGGACAGGAGUCACUGGGAUGCUGCAACAUCGGUUGGAGAACAUCUCCUCAACCUGCCUGGGCUUCUUCCAGGGAAAUGGAAAUCACUGAAGAAGGGGCUGAUCCACAAGGCGCUGAAGGACCCCUUGAGAUCGGGGCACAAGUUGGCGCUACUUCGACUCCUGACGUUGGCUCUUGGGUUGUCCAUUCCCAACCUGUCGCCCGAAAGCUACGACCCCCAAGAGGUGGUAAAGGACCUGGAGGAGAUCAUCUUCACCCCUUCUGCCUUGGAAUCCCUGACCUGUGAAGGGAGCUCGGACGAACUUGGAAAUAUCCUAAAAACCUCCGAGCGCAAGCGCCCCCUGUUGACUCUCUACCAUAACCUCAUUUGCAACGGCAGCCAAUCACUGCGUCGGGAGCGCUUCGCGGAGCUGGCGGAUGAGCUCAAGGAGCAGGUCGAUGUACAGAAGACGGUCAGCAGGCUGCGGUUGGAUGAGGUAAAUGCCACAGCAACCCAACGCCGCCUUCAGUCGCUGCUCGAGGACCUGCUGGAAGUGGAGAAGAUCCUGAAGGACGUGGACAUUCUGUCGGCUCUGGCCAAGCUGCUUCCUAAGGGGGCUUGUGCUAGCAAAUCCGUCUUGCCCACUGCGAACUCAACCAGCUGGGGGUUCAACUCCACCAGUGGCUUCAACUUCAGCACCGAGGCCGAAGAAGAAGCCAAGAAGCAAGAGGAUGAGGUAGACGAGGAGAACCCAAGGAGUCAAUUCUCGGCCUUUGUGCAACUGUGGGCAGGGCUGCAGCCUAUCCUGUGUGGCAUCAACCGGACUAUUGAACCGGAGGCGCUUAAACAAGGCAACAUGAGUUCCUUGGGGUUCACCAGCAAAGAGCAAAGGAAUCUGGGGCUCCUUGUUCACCUGAUGACCAGUAACCCCAAGAUCCUCUACUCCCCCGUGGGCACCGAGGUCGACAAGGUCAUCCGGAAGGCGAAUGAGACCUUUGCGUUCGUGGGAAACGUGACUCGAUACGCCUGGAUGUGGCUGAACAUUUCGGCAGAGAUCCGCGGGCUGCUGGAAGAAGGGAUCCUACAGAGACGGAUCGAGUGGCUACAACAGUUCACCAAUGAUCUUCAGAAACACCCAGAGCUUCUAAAUGGGUCGGACAGUGAGCUUCUACGUAAGGUUCUCAGUUCCAACUUCACCAUGCCCAACGCCAGCAGCCUCUUACAGCAACUAGACACCAUCGACAACGCCGCCUGUGGUUGGACGCGCUUCAUGUCCAAGGUGAGCGUGGACAUCUUUAAGGGCUUCCCCAAUGAGGACAGUAUUGUCAACUAUACUCUCAACCAGGCCUACCAUGAUAAUGUCACAGUGUUUGCAAGUGUGAUCUUCCAGACUCAGAAAGAUGGCUCCCUCCCGCCCCACGUCAUGUACAAGAUACGGCAGAACUCCAGCUUCACGGAAAAGACCAAUGAAAUCCGUAGAGCCUACUGGAGGCCAGGCCCAAACACCGGAGGACGGUUCUACUUCUUGUACGGCUUCGUCUGGAUACAAGACAUGAUGGACCGAGCAAUCAUCAGUACAAUUGUGGGACACGAUGUGGUGGAACCUGGGAACUAUGUUCAGAUGUUCCCAUAUCCAUGUUACACACGUGAUGAUUUUCUUUUUGUAAUCGAGCACAUGAUGCCCCUGUGCAUGGUCAUCUCUUGGGUCUAUUCCGUAGCCAUGAUGAUACAACAUAUUGUGGCCGAAAAGGAGCAUCGUCUGAAGGAGGUGAUGAAGAUGAUGGGCCUGAAUAACGCAGUGCACUGGGUAGCCUGGUUUAUUACAGGCUUUGUACAGCUCUCCAUCUCGGUCACUGCUCUGACCGGCAUCCUGAAGUACGGCCAAGUCCUUAUGCACAGCAAUGUCUUCAUCAUUUGGCUCUUCCUUUCAAUCUACGCAGUGGCCACCAUCAUGUUCUGUUUCUUGGUGUCCGUGUUGUACUCGAAGGCCAAACUAGCGUCGGCCUGUGGUGGGAUCAUCUACUUCCUGAGUUACGUGCCUUACAUGUAUGUGGCGAUCCGCGAAGAGGUGGCCCAUGACAAGAUCACCGCUUUCGAGAAAUGCAUCGCGUCUCUCAUGUCUACGACAGCCUUUGGCCUUGGCUCCAAAUACUUUGCCCUGUACGAGGUGGCUGGUGUAGGGAUACAGUGGCGCACUUUUAGCCAAUCACCGGUGGAAGGAGAUGACUUUAACCUGAUGCUUUCGAUGAUGAUGCUGAUCAUUGACACUAUGGUGUAUGGAAUCCUCACUUGGUACAUCGAGGCAGUUCACCCAGGUAUGUAUGGCCUACCCCGUCCCUGGUACUUCCCUUUUCAGAGGUCCUAUUGGCUGGGAAGUGGUCGAAUAGAAACAUGGGAGUGGUCCUGGCCUUGGUCCCGCCCACCUCGACUGAGCAUCAUGGAAGAGGAUCAAGCCUGUGCUAUGGAGAGUCGUCGCUUGGAUGAGACUCGGGGGAUAGAGGAAGAGCCCAGCCACCUACCGCUGGUAGUGUGUAUCGACAAACUCACCAAGAUCUACAAGACUGGCAAGAAGUUGGCGCUUAACAAGUUGAGCUUGAACCUUCAUGAGAACCAGGUGGUUUCCUUCUUGGGGCACAAUGGAGCGGGCAAGACCACUACCAUGUCAAUCCUGACGGGUCUGUUUCCCCCAACGUCCGGCUCUGCCACUAUUUAUGGCCACGACAUCCGGACAGAAAUGAACGAGAUCCGGAAGAGCAUGGGGAUGUGCCCUCAGCACAAUGUUCUGUUCGAUAAACUGACAGUGGAGGAGCAUCUCUGGUUCUACUCGCGGCUCAAGGGGAUGGCGGAAGAGGAGAUACGCAAGGAGAUGGAUAAGAUGAUUGAAGACCUGGAGCUCUCCAACAAGCGGCACUCCUUGGUGCAGACCCUCUCCGGUGGCAUGAAGCGGAAGCUGUCUGUGGCCAUUGCGUUUGUCGGUGGUUCAAAGGCUGUUAUUUUGGACGAGCCGACGGCCGGAGUGGAUCCCUAUGCAAGGAGAGCCAUCUGGGACCUCAUCCUAAAAUACAAACAAGGCCGUACAAUCCUGCUCUCUACACAUCACAUGGAUGAGGCAGACCUUCUGGGAGACCGUAUUGCCAUUAUUUCCCAUGGGAAGCUAAAGUGCUACGGGUCGCCACUCUUCCUGAAGAGCACUUACGGAGAUGGCUACAAGCUGACCGUUGUCAAGAACCAGAGUGGCCCAGACACCGGCCAUACUGGUCCCUCCUGUAUCAGUCCCUGCUCAGAGCCUCGAGUGUCUCAGUUCAUAAAGAAGUAUGUGGCCUCCUGCCUACUGGUGUCCGACACCAACACUGAGCUGUCCUACAUUCUGCCCAGCGAGUCCGUCAGGAAGGGAUGUUUUGAGCGCCUCUUUCAGCACUUGGAACAGAACCUAAGUGACUUGGAACUGACCAGUUUUGGCCUGAUGGACACCACCCUAGAGGAAGUAUUUCUCAAGGUCUCUGAAGAAGAUCAGUCUCUAGAAAACAGCGAUGCAGAUAUCAAGGAGUCAAAGAAAGACACCCUGAGACCCCUCAUACAGCCUGAUGGGGGAACAGGGUCACCACUGACCGACGCUUUGGAAAAGCCAGAAGUGGAACUCAACAACUUUGCUUCAGAAGCCAAAACCAGCCAAUCCCCCAGCUCGCUACGUUCCGGCUCUUCUUCUUCUGUGGGUUCCGUGCGCGGGGAUGAAGGUGGCGCCUAUGCCGAGUUCUAUGGGGACUACUCCCCCUUAUUUGAUAACCUGCAGGAUGCAGAAAACCUCAGCCUACACGAACCCGAGACAGAAGAACAGGUCUUGGACGGGCAAGGAAGCUACAAAUUGGAAGGCUCUUGGCUUAAGCUGCGCCAGUUCCACGGGCUCAUCGUCAAGAGGUUCCACUGUGCCAAGCGCAACACUAAGGCCCUGUUCUCCCAGAUCCUCCUUCCGGCGUUCUUCGUCUGUGUCGCCAUGACGGUGGCAUUGUCUGUCCCUGAGAUCGGUGACCUUCCACCGCUGAUCCUGUCGCCCUCUCAGUACCACAAUUACACUCAGCCCAAGGGGAAUUUUGUGCCCUAUGCCAACGAGGAGCAACCAGAGUACAGGAUCAAGCUGUCCCCAGAUGCGGGCCCCCAGCAGCUCGUUAAUACAUUUCACCUGCCCUCGGGCAUCGGGGCCACGUGUGUUCUGAAGACGGCAUUCAAUAGCACUCUGGAUCAGCUCGUCCAGUCCCUCAACAUGAACAGCAGCGAGUCAAAGAUGUUGGCUGCCCAGUACUUCGACGCCAUGUGUGUUGACUCGUUCACCCAAGGGCUACCCCUUUCUAACUUCGUGCCGCCUCCGCCUUCGCCCGCUCCCUCGGAUUAUCCCCCCGAUGAGGACCUCUCCCGCCUCUGGAAUGCCACCACCUUCCCACCCGAGCCUGUCCAAGCAGAAGCCGUCACCUCCACCCCGUCCCUCCCUCGUCGGAUCCACGAGCCAAUCAGAUGCACCUGUUCAAUGCAAGGCACUGGCUUCUCCUGCCCUAGUGGUGUCGGGGGCCACCCACAUCAGAUGAAGGUGGUGACGGGAGAUAUCAUGGUGGCCAUCAGCGGACGGAACGUUUCGGAAUAUCUCCUGUACACGUCGGACCGAUUCAGGUUGCACAGGUAUGGAGCCCUGACGUUCGGCAAUGUGCAGAAAGCCAUCCCAGCAUCCUUUGGUGCAAAGGCUCCUCCCAUGUUGAGGAAGAUCGCGGUUCGGCACACAGCCCAGGCUUACUACAACAACAAAGGGUACCACAGCAUGCCAACUUACCUCAAUGCCUUAAACAAUGCCCUCUUGAGAGCCAACCUGCCCAAGGGCAAGGGGAACCCUGCAGCCUAUGGUAUCACCGUGACCAACCAUCCAAUGAACAAGACCAGCGCCAGCCUCUCCCUUGAUUAUCUGCUACAAGGCACGGACGUGGUCAUCGCCAUCUUUAUCAUCGUCGCCAUGUCCUUCGUCCCGGCGAGUUUUGUGGUCUUCCUCGUGGCCGAGAAAUCCACCAAGGCCAAGCACUUGCAGUUUGUCAGCGGCUGUAACCCCGUCAUCUACUGGCUGGCCAACUACGUUUGGGAUAUGUUGAAUUACCUAGUUCCUGCCACCUGUUGCAUCAUCAUCCUCUUCGUGUUUGACCUCCCUGCCUACACUUCGCCGACCAACUUUCCAGCCGUCCUGUCGCUCUUUCUCCUCUAUGGAUGGUCUAUCACCCCUAUAAUGUACCCUGCCUCCUUCUGGUUUGAGGUCCCCAGCACGGCCUAUGUCUUCCUCAUCGUUAUUAACCUCUUUAUCGGCAUCACAGCCACGGUGGCGACCUUCUUGUUGCAGCUCUUUGAACAUGACAAGGACCUCAAAUUGGUCAACAGUUACCUGAAAAGUUGCUUCCUCAUCUUCCCCAACUACAACCUGGGGCAUGGGCUGAUGGAGAUGGCGUAUAAUGAGUACAUUAACGAGUACUAUGCCAAGAUCGGUCAGUUUGACAAAAUGAAGUCCCCGUUCGAGUGGGAUAUCGUUACUCGGGGCCUGGUUGCCAUGACAAUAGAAGGAUUCGUCGGUUUCUUCAUCACCAUCAUGUGCCAGUACCAUUUCUUCAGAAAACCACAGCGGCUGCCCAUUUCCAACAAGCCCAUAGAGGACGACGACGUUGAUGUGGCCAAUGAGAGGCAGCGGGUACUGAGGGGAGGAGCCGAUAACGAUAUGCUGAAGAUUGAGAACCUGACCAAGGUGUACAAGUCAAGGAAGAUGGGCCGGAUCCUUGCGGUUGAUCGUCUCUGUGUUGGGGUCAGACCGGGGGAGUGUUUCGGGCUGUUGGGGGUCAAUGGUGCCGGCAAGACCACCACAUUCAAGAUGCUAACCGGAGAUGAGAGCACCACGGGCGGAGAGGCUUUUAUCAAUGGCCACAGUAUCCUGAAGGAGCUCCUCCAGGUCCAGCAGACCAUUGGCUACUGCCCGCAGUUCGAUGCCCUGUUUGACGAGCUGACGGCCCAAGAACACCUGGAGCUAUAUACCCGCCUCAGGGGCAUUCCCUGGAAGGACGAGGAGAGGGUGGUGAAAUGGGCCCUGGAGAAACUGGAGCUGGCCAAGUACGCGGACAAGCCGGCCGGCACCUACAGCGGGGGGAACAAGAGGAAGUUGUCCACCGCCAUUGCACUUAUUGGUUACCCGUCCUUCAUCUUUCUGGAUGAGCCCACCACCGGCAUGGACCCCAAGGCGCGCCGCUUCCUCUGGAACCUCAUUCUGGACAUCAUCAAGACCGGCCGGUCCUUAGUGCUGACGUCGCACAGCAUGGAGGAGUGCGAAGCUCUAUGCACCCGACUCGCCAUCAUGGUAAACGGGCGUCUGAAGUGUCUCGGCAGCAUCCAGCACCUAAAGAACAGGUUUGGGGACGGCUACAUGAUAACCGUAAGGACAAAAUCCAGCAUAAACGUUAAGGAGGUCGUACGGUUCUUCAACAGGAACUUUCCGGAAGCCGUACUUAAGGAGCGGCACCACACCAAGGUCCAGUACCAGCUGAAGUCCGAACAGGUGUCGUUGGCCCAGGUGUUCAGUAAGAUGGAGCAGGUUCUGGACGUCCUUGGAAUUGAAGAUUAUUCUGUGAGCCAGACCACCCUGGAUAAUGUAUUUGUCAACUUUGCAAAGAAGCAGAGUGAUAACAUGGAGCAGCAAGAGAGCGCCCCCAACUGCGCAGUAGCGACGCCGCUGGACAGGGUGCUGAGCCUUCUCAGGCCUCGGACGACACCCACCGAGCUCCGGGCACUGGUGGUAGAGGAGCAGGAGGAUCUCGACACCGACGACGAGGGGCUCAUAAGCUUUGAGGAGGAGAGGGCCCAGUUGUCGUUCAAUACAGACACGCUCUGCUAGAGGGGGGAAUGGCGGCGGAUUCUGGACGACUCUUCUCCCAUUCUGCCCUUCGGCUGCCCAGGCACAGCCCCAUUAUCCCACGAAUGUCUGUGUCCCCCAGGUCGGGCAUUGGCCGAGACUCGGACAGCUUUGUCUGUGCUGCCCCCUUGUGUUCAGGGUUCAUACUGCUGCUACGGCGCAUGGAGGGGGGGGGUGUCUGGAUGCCCCAAUGCCUUCUGGGUAUCACGAGAGACUCCAUGUUGUUCUGCUGCUCUGGAAUGGACUCUCCGGGUCGGUCUUAGCGCUGCUUAAUAAAUCCAUCCCGGACUGGGUUACGCUUUAGGCUCCGCCUCUGGCACUGCCCCCACUGGACUCCAAUGAGCUGUGGUUAAAGGGAACAUUCGCCCGGUACCAAUGUCAGAUUUUAAAAGCCCCAGCACCCCUGGAGGUUCUGUUGCCCCCCCCCCAUUCAACGUCUUUAUGUUACGGUACCGUUUCCUUGUGCAAUAUCUGUGUGCCAUGCCAGGGGGGGGCUCAGCGGGAAAGUAACCCCCCCACCUAUUGGGCAUUGGAAGAUCUGCACUGCCAAACCCGACUUCGACAAAAAAGAGAAAGGGAAAUGUUUGUGUGUAAAUACCCCCCCCCCCCCCAUCACUUUGUCUUUCCUUUUACAGAACUGCAAAUGAAAUGACCAAAUCCACGCACUUUAUAUUGUG